AUGUACUAUGACAGGUCUACAGUCUAUAUGUAAUCGAAAACUCUAUGGUUGUACAAAAAAAAAGUUUAUUGAAUGUUGCAAAAUUUCCAAAAAAUAGUUUUUGAAUAGAUUAUUUACAGAAAAUAAUGGCAAGUAUAGAACUGGAUAUAUGGAAAGGAGAAUGGGGUCUAGCUUCAAUUGAUUCAGAAUGUCUCAAAGUCUUAACCUAUAUGAAAUUUAUUGGAGUGCCAGUAAAAGUGCGAGAAUCAAACAAUCCAUUUUUCACACCCAAAGGAAGGCUUCCAGUCAUGCGCGAUGGGCGCACCGUCCUUACUAAUUUUGAAGAAGUAGUUGAUCACUUAAAGACCCUGCAUUACAGCACUGAUGUCCACCUAAACACCAAGCAGGCAGCCGAAGCCAGUGCCUUUACCCAGUACCUGAGUGAGAAACUUUACCCCGCAUACCAGUUUGCGUGGUGGGUUGAUGAGAAAAACUAUACAGAUUUGACUCGGGCCACAUAUGCUAAGGCUUUGAGACUUCUCAACUUCUACUAUCCCUCCAAAUACCAAACGGCUGCUAAAGAGAUGAUUGAUGCACUCUAUGGAGAGCAUACAGACCUUAGAGAAAUAGAAAAAACAAUAUACAGUGAAGCAGAAAAGUGCCUUAAAACCCUGUCAGACAGGCUCGGAGAGAGUGAAUACUUCUUCGGUAACCGGCCCUCCUCAUUUGAUGCCACUGUGUUUGCAUACCUCGCUCCUCUAGUCAAAGCUCCAUUCCCAAAUGCAACACUGGCCAAUCAUGUUAAAGGCAUUGCAAACUUAACAAGGUUUGUGGCGAGGAUUAAUCAGAAAAACUUCAGACAGGUUACAGAUGAGUACAACAGACAGAAUGCCAAACAGCAGUCAACAGGCACGCAGUCUGACCGCGAAGCAGCCAACUUCCCGCACCAGACACGUAACAAACUGCUCGCGGCGCUGUUUGCUGCCAUCGCCAUGACUGGCUAUGCUGUGGCCAAUGGCAUGUUCCAGCGCCUGGCAGGAUGGAGCUGGCGACGCACGCGGCUCCUGCACCGCGUGAGUGUCCUCAAGAAGCGACUCGACCGCGCACAACUCAAGACUAAAGCUAGUGAUGAUGCUAAACCGCCGUAAAUAAACAAAAGACAAGCUGUUCCUAUAUACAAUCAAAUAGGUAGUUCCUUGUUAGUUGAAUGCUAGUCUGUAAGAGUGAUCUGUUUUCCGGCUGCUGCACCGCGUGAGAGUACUCAAGAAGCGACUCGACCGCGCGCAACGC